ACAGUAUUAAAGUUACAAACAACUAACAAAAUGAAGGUGUAUAUAUUUUAUGUAUUUUCUUGUAUUUUCAUUGCGUAUUGCAAAGGCCAAACCAUCGCGAAUGGUGUUCCAGUAAAUAUAACUGAAUACCCGUACGCCACUUCACUACAAUAUUCGCCCUCAGGAUUUGUGGUAAAUACUUGUGGUGGUAUAAUAUUAUCGACCACUGCAUUAUUAUCAGCCGCAUCCUGCUUCUAUACUAACAAUAUGUAAGUAAACGAAUGGGCAAAUUGGCAAGCCCGAGUUGGUUCUUCAUUCGCAAGCACCAAUGGGGAAAUCUACUCAAUUCGACUAAUCACCCAACAUCCAAACUUUACGUUAUUGAGUAAAGACAACAACAUUGCUGUUUUGAGAACAGCAUCCAAUAUAGUAUUAGUACCAGGUCUUGUGGAAGUGGGACGAAUAGCUGGCGGAGCGUUCACUAUUGAAGCCAGAAGUGAAAUUACCGCAAUUGGAUGGGGUGGAGCAGAAGGAGUAAGUUCCACGUAUGAGCUGCAUCAUGUUUCAGCGUUCGUCAUAGAUCAAGAUGUUUGUGCUCUUCGAUAUCAGGAGAUAGAUGUCACAGUCACAAACAACAUGAUCUGUUUCGGGUGGCUGGAUGUAGGUGUGGUUGGCCAGUGUAUCCAGGAAGGAGUCGGUCCAGGAAGUCCAUUGGUGUUGAACGGUGGUGUAGUGGGUAUUUACUCGACGGCGGAAGGAUGCGCGUCGCUACGGUAUCCGAGUAUCAAUACCAGAACUAGCCCAUACUGGAGGUGGAUCGUUGAAACUGCCAAUGCAUCUCAGUAGAAAGAAGAGAAAACACGAUUAAUCGGAUCAUCAACCGCGAUUAAAUGUAGAUGCCGUUAUUCAUAGUUAGAUUUGAUUACAUUCAGGUUGAUUAAAUUGUUCGCUUGAUUACACUACAUGAACUCAACCC